CUACUCCUUUAAACGGGACGUACCAAGCGCUGCGGGGAUGGGUUCAGGUUUGUUAUGUGCUCUGUGGACAGCCCGCCGGCCUUAGGGGCGGUGGGGAGAGGGAGAAGCCGCGGGCCGCGCAGGGUGGCCGCUGCCAGGCGCUUCCCCUCGUCUUCCCUUGUUUUCUCCUGCUCCCAGCUCCUCUUCUGUGGGGAGGGUGAAUAGUUCAGUCCCACCAACAUGGCCGCCACCAUGAAGAAAGCGGCUGCAGAAGAUGUCAAUGUUACUUUUGAAGAUCAACAGAAAAUUAACAAGUUUGCAAGAAAUACUAGCAGGAUCACAGAGCUGAAAGAAGAAAUAGAAGUGAAAAAGAAACAACUUCAGAAUUUGGAAGAUGCUUGUGAUGACAUCAUGAUGCUUGAUGAUGGUGAUUCACUUCUGAUACCCUACCAAAUUGGAGAUGUCUUCAUUAGUCAUUCCCAAGAAGAGACACAAGAGAUGCUGGAGGAAGCAAAGAAAAGUUUACAAGAAGAAAUUGAAGCAUUAGAAUCCCGAGUGGAAUCAAUUCAGAGGGUGUUAUCUGACCUGAAAGUUCAGCUCUAUGCAAAGUUUGGAAAUAACAUAAAUCUUGAGGCUGAGGACAGUUAAAGGUGUUCUAAAUAUACCAUUUCCUUGUUUUAUUAAAUGUUUUGAUAACAUUGUUCCAAUUACAUUAAAAAAAAAAAAUCUACCACUUCCUUUUCUUUCUUUUUUUUUUUUUCACUUUCCUGUCUUGGAUUCCAUCUAUUUAAUGAGAGCUUUCUUAUUUUGAUUAUUGCAAUUAUUUAUUUGUUCAGGAAAGCAUUAGCUUUGUACUAUUGGUAAAGUAUCCAGAUUGGAAUAUUUGCAUUGUUUAUUAAAGUAAUAAAGUCAGGCACAUAUUGUA